AAUCCAGCUGGCCGAGAUUUUGCGGAAUUGGUGGAAAGCGUCGCUUACAUUUUAGUGCAACAAGAAAAUGUGAAUCUCGCCGUUUUUCGCAGGAUCUUCUCUUCCCGAGGCGUGUUGGAGAAGUUCUUUCGGCUGGUGGACGCCGACAAGGACGACGUUGUUUCAGUGCCUGAGAUCAUGGAGACCAUCACCAACAUGACUAUGCCAGGGGAUAGGGAACAUAGUUUGACAGCCGAGAAUUUGGCACUUUUAGAAAAAAUGUUCCGGGAACACAUGAGCCGGGACUCGGAGAUUCAUCUCGAUGAGUUUAGGGCCAUUCUCAAUUCCAAAAAUCCGUUUUUUGCAGAGAGGGUUUUUAGCAUCUUUGACCGGGAUGGAUCCGGUGCCAUUUCUCUGGCCGAGUUCCUCGAGUCCAUGGGCCGGUUUGCAACUCAGAAUCACGACGAGAAAAUAAGCUUCCUUUUUCAAAUCUAUGACGUUGAUGGGGAUGGCCUGAUUCAGAGGACCGAGUUGCAGGCUGUGCUUAGGGCAUGCAUGGAUGAAAAUGGCAUGAAUUUCAGCGAUGAGCAAAUUGAGGACCUCACGUAUGCCCUGUAUGAGGACGCAGAUGCCACAGGCAACGAAAUCACUUACGAUGCCCUCAAAGCCCAGCUCAUGAAACACGAAGGACUGUUGGAGAACCUCAGCAUUUCAAUUGAGAGAUGGCUGGUGCCUCCGAAAAAGAGCACCCAGGGCAAGUCGCACAGUUUCCAGCUUCCUUACCAGCUGACAAUGCCUUACAUAAAGAACAACUAUGUGUAUUUGAUCUUCGUGGGACUCAUCAUUGCCACAAACAUCAUCCUGGCAGCCAAGAGAAUUUACGACUUCCGGACUUCCAAUGGCUUUAUCAUAGUGGCGAGGAUAUGUGGUCAGUGCUUGAACUUCAACUCGACCUUCAUCCUGGUGCUGAUGCUGAGACACACGCUGACCUUUCUGCGCAAUCACGGACUGGCGAGUGUGCUUCCCCUGGAUCAGCACAUUUACUUGCACAAAGUCUGCGGUUGGCUCAUCUUGUCCUUUGCUCUGGUCCACACAGUUGCUCAUUUAGCAAACAUAGCUUACUUCUUCAUGCCGGUACUGGACAAGUUGGACUUGACUUACGCCGAGUGGCUGUUCACUACGCGGCCGGCCCCGAAUUUCUACGGAAAACCCAUCAAUUAUGGUUUGGUUACUGCUUGGGCGAAUCCCACUGGCUGUGCACUGGUCGUCAUUCUCAUCGUCAUGAACUUUUGGAAAUGGCUGGUCGGACCCGGGAUAAUCUUCCUGAUUGAGCGUCUGGUCCGAGUGGUUCGCAUGAGCAGCAAUUCCGGAAGGACUUACAUUUCCUCUGGGAUCAUGCUGCCGUCCAAGACUGAAGUCUGUUACGUGGAUGUGUCUGUUAUGCGAGACGAACAACUGUACGUCUCUAGAGGCGGUCUGUUGGGCAAAAAAUCUGCUGUGCCGGAGGUAACACAUUUGGUUGUGAAGAGGCCGCCGAACUUUUUCUACAGCGCCGGGGAUUACGUCUUUGUCAACAUUCCGGCCAUUGCCAAGUACGAAUGGCACCCGUUUACCAUCAGCAGUGCACCCGAGUUGGAAGAUUACAUUUGGCUGCAUAUCCGAGGAGUCGGCCAGUGGACGAAUAGACUGUAUAAUCACUUUGCUGCUGAGCAAGCCAAGCUGGAGAAUAUGAAACACACUGCAAUGGUGCCCAUGGAAGGACUGCUGAAAGGCCUGACAGUGCCCAAGAAACCUGCCAAGGGCAGGCCAAGAUCAGGAUUCCAGAACAUCAAGAGGAAGAUCAGCCAGUCUUUCAGGCCGAGUAACCGAGACAGCGUUGUCGUGACGAACAGCCACGAAAUGGCGAUUAACGGCUCGGCUUCGGCGGCGGCGAUGAGGAACGGCGGCGGCGGUGGCGGCAGUGGGCCUCCUUUGCCUGACCACUUGGUUCGGAAGCCUCCCUGGCUCGGGUACCACAGUGCCACGUCUGACGUGUUCCUGCAGACGAGUCCCAGCCCCGCGGGCAUGGAGACGGCGACUCACCGGCGCAAGACGCGGUUCCUGAGCACGGGCAAGAAGCCAGCCCUGCCAACGUCCAAGUAUUCGCCGGCCAGCACGGGGGCCACAAUUACAGUGGUGCCGCCGUCUCAGCGGAAGGUGGAGAAGACCAAGUCUCUGCCGGACUUGNGCACGGGGGCCACAAUUACAGUGGUGCCGCCGUCUCAGCGGAAGGUGGAGAAGACCAAGUCUCUGCCGGACUUGGAGGUGAACAUGAGGCGAAGGAACAAGAAUUUGCUACUCAGGGAGAAGGGAAGAGCCACUUCAGAGCACGCGUUUGACGACCAGACCCUGCAGCGGGCAGUGAUCCAGGCCUCUGGCAGCAGCAGCAGUGCCUACAAGUCCCCGCAGAACCGGUCGGUGGCCUACAGUUUCCGCUACAUGCGCCGCAAACCCACCAUUGUGGCCCUGGAGACGCCCAGGAACUCGGAGGCCUUUGGGGACACCAAUAGCACCAUUGGGCCCGGGACGAGCCAGCUGGCCCUGUCUGCCAACACGAGUGGGAUUCGGAACAAGGACCGCCGCUCCGUGUCGGCCAACCUAGUGAGUGCUUUGGAGACUGUGGCGGAAGAGGAGCACACGCAGAUAACAGCAUCAGGUGCAGGGGGGAAAGAAGGCCACCAGCUGAUGGUGGUGCCGGCGGCGGCGGCGGCAGCAGGGGACACCUCGGCUGUCGGCGGCGACAGUAGUAGUAAGGCCAUGAUGAUGAUGAUGAGCGACGUGGAUGAAGAGGUGGCCCUGAGGGAGAGGGAACCCCGGCCUGGGAUUGACUACCCUGUGGGCAAAGCCCUGGAGAUUUUCCUCGACGGGCCUUACGGAGCCCCUUCCAGCCACAUCUUCCGGGCCCAGCACGCGGUACUCGUGGGCACCGGGAUCGGAGUGACCCCGUUCGCGUCCAUUCUGCAGUCCAUCAUGCACAGGUACUGGAAUGCUCGCCAGUCCUGCCCCAACUGCCGCUUCACCUGGUGCUCCACCAUCCCCAAGUCCAUCAUGCACCUCCGCAAGGUGGACUUCUUCUGGAUCAACCGGGACCAAAUGUCCUUCGAGUGGUUUGUGGAGCUCCUGUCGCAGUUGGAGAUGGAACAGGCAGAGUUGGGGGGAGCCAUGGAGAGAUUCCUGGACAUGCACAUGUACAUCAGUUCUGCUCUCCAGAAAACUGACAUGAAGGCUCUUGGACUCCAGCUGGCCCUGGAUCUGCUGCAUGAAAAGGAAAAGAGGGAUUUGAUCACUGGUUUGAAGACCAGAACUGUAGCUGGGAGACCCAACUGGACCAAAGUUUUCCAGCAAAUCGCAGAGCAGAACAAAGGAAAAGUGACGGUUUUCUUUUGCGGUCCCCCUGAACUUGCCAGAGUUCUCCGCGUCAAGUGUCACGAGUUUGGAUUUGCCUUCAGGAAAGAAUCCUUCUAAAAAAAAACCAAAAAAAAAUUAGGAUGCUGAUGCACAUGAGUAUACAGCAUAUAUAUAUUAUACGUGAUUUGAUUUGAGCCGGGGAGAGAAAAUUUUCGAGUGAAGAUACCAAUCAAUCAGUUUCAGCAGUGCCAAGAUGCAAUUUUAGCAUGGAAUAUUUUUAUUUUUUGUUUCUUCCAUCUGGUGCUGUGAUAAAACGAAAAAGCGAGUGAGUGAGCUCAAGUAUAGUGAGACGAAAGAACUCGGCAGUAUUCUGAAGGGCCUUUAUUACUUGAAAUUCUUACUGUGUCUGAGAAGUAUAUAUCUUCACCUCGUCUUGAUUUAAUUUGGACAAAAGAAAAAAUUCAUCACACUGUACUCGUGUUUGAACACUUCAUUAAUCUCUGUGCAUGCUCUCAAGCUUUAUUUUAUUUAUUUGUUUGUUCGUUCGUUGUAAAGAGAAAAAGAAACACUUUUUCAACAAGGUGGAAAAUUUUCCGUUCAAAAAUUUCACACUGCUGUACUGCUGUAUCAUGGGUUUGAAUGAAGUUCAAUGGGUUCAUACAAUGUGCCAUCAAGUGAAUUUAUGAUUGUUCAUGUGAUGCGUUUAUAUAAACUUCGAGGAGAGAACCAUUAUGGUUUCGAAAGGGGGCCUUUACCAGAUUUUUUUUUGUUUGUUUAACAUUGAUAUUCAGCUUGUCAAAUACAAUUAGAAGCUUCUGUGCUUGAGCAUUGUGGUCUUUGAUUGUUCACUGGC